AUGUUUUCUAUUAAUGAUUAUUAUAGUAGAAAGAAAACAUCAUUAACGAAUGAACAAUGGCAUGAAGAAUUGGCUUUGGAAAUCUUUAAUAAAAAUCCAACUCAUGAUCAACGUUUAUUAGAAUUAGUCAGGAAAUGGGAAAUUGAAGCUUUUGAAAAAGCUACUUCUAAAGAAAGUUAUGAGCACUUCAAUACUCAACUUCUUCAGCAACAAAAAUCUGUUCAGAUUCAAUCACAACCUGUUCUUCCAACUGUUGAACAACAAGUUGCUCAAGUAUUUAAAAAUCAACAAAUUCUACAAAAAGCUUAUCAAACACGACCAGAUUCUUUGACUCCACAACAAAUGGUUUAUUAUCAGCAAUUAUUAAGACUUCAACAAAAUCCUUUGCUGCAACAGAUUCUUAUACAAAGACCACCUACUACUGUUGUUCAUUCUCAAUUAGGACAUCUAUCAACGCAACAAAAUGUUUCACCUCAACUUCUUCACCAAUCUCCUAAUUCUAAACAAACAUCAAAUCAGCAGCAACAGCAACUUAAUAAGCCUGUUGCCUCUAAAAUUAAUCUUUCGCCAGAGGAAUAUAUUAAAUUAGAUGUGUCAAAUAAACAAAGGGAAGAUGCUCAGAAAGUAGAUGAUGAUACGAUUACAAGUAAUGGUGGUGAUGUUGAUAAUGGUGGUGGUCUUGGCAUCAAUGAAAUGAUAAAAAGAAUGACAAAAACUAAUCAACAAGCUUAUCUUGUAAAAGAACAAACACCAAAAACAUUUGAUAAUAAUGAUUUAAGGCAUGAGUUAUCUAAUGGUAAUUACUUUCAAAGAAUUAAUGGUGAUAAUGAUUUAACUUCUGAUGAAUUAAGCAUUGAAGACAUAUUUAAACAGUUCAAUAUACCUUUAUCCAAUGUAAUAUAUAAUGAACAAGAUGAUAAUGUUUCACCAGCAACUGCUACCAAAUCAUCAUCAAUUAGUAAUGAUAAUAGUAGUAUUACUUCAAAGGCUUGUUUAUUGGCUGAUGCUGGAUAUGAUGUUUGGUUUGGUAAUUCAUGA